AUGGUGGGCCCAGAUGAUUCUCAACAUUUAGCCAUUCAGGAUUCUUCCACUCAAGAGGUGUUGCUAAGGGAGCAAUCAAGUAUGAUUAAUGAUGACUUAAAUGUCAAUGAUUCACUACGUAAAAUUGGUGCACAUGUGCAUGCCCUGGUAGGAGUCUAUGCUUGGACUUGCUCGGCUGUCUAUGCGAGCCCAACAGUGGUGAAUAGGGAUUCUCUCUGGGACCACCUCUCUAUUCUUCGUACUCAGAUUACCAAACCUUGGCUUGCGGUUGGUGAUUUUAACGAAAUUCUUUACCCUUCUGAGGUUAGAGGGGGUGCAUUCCUCCCUGGGCGAGCGCUUCGGUUUGCCUCCGUGUUGGACAAUUGUGAUUUGUUAGACCUUGAAGCCAAAGGGGGCCUCUUUACGUGGCACCGGAAAGAAAGAGGUAUCCUUCGUAUUUCUAAGAAGUUGGAUCGGGCUUUAGCUGAUAGUGAGUGGCGGUUGUCUUUCCCUGAAGCCUUUGUAGAAGUCCAAACUAGAAUGCACUCGGACCAUAACCCCAUCCUAGUAAGGUUCAAUGCACCAGAGGAGCGGACCAGAGACCGACCCUUUCGUUAUCUUGCUGCUUGGUCGAAUCAUGAUGAGUAUAGGAGUGUGGUUUCUAAUGCGUGGCGUGGAUCAGGAGGUAACCUUCAUGAGAAAAUCCAUCGGGUGCAGACUGAUUCCAUGUCCUUCAAUAAGCAUACUUUUGGUAAUGUGUUUCAACGGAAAAGGCACGUGGAAGGAAGACUUCGUGGUGUCCAACGUGAUCUUGACACUAGGGUGACUUCCAGUAUGGUUCAACUUGAGGAGCAGCUGCAAUUGGAAUACAGGGGUAUCCUUAGGAAUGAGGAGCUUCUAUGGUUCCAAAAAUCCGGGAACAAUGGGUCAGGUUUGGUGAUCGCAACACAGCUUUCUUCCACACUCAAACCAUUAUCCGUCGGAAGCGCAAUAAAAUCCAUAGGUUGCAAUUGGGAGAUGGUUGAGAAUCUCCCAACAAUCCCGCACGAUUGCACAAAGGAUCUUUUGGAGCCGGUUUCCAAGGCAGAGGUCAAGAGGGCCCUUAUGUCCAUGAAAUCCUUCAAGGCCCCAGGCCCCGAUGGCUUCCAACCAGUGUUCUUCAAAAAAUAUUGGGACAUUGUUGGGGAGGAUAUUUGGAGGGUUGUGAGGGAUGCCUUUGUGACUGGCUCUAUUGACCCUGCUCUCGCUGAGACCUUGAUCGUUCUUAUCCCCAAGGUGGAUGUGCCGACUCAGAUGAAGGAUUUAAGGCCUAUAAGCCUUUGUAAUGUGGUGUACAAGAUCAUUACCAAGGUGUUGGUGUCUCGCAUUCGUCCUUAUCUGGAUCAAAUCAUUGGGCCGCUUCAGUCUAGUUUCAUCCCGGGUAGGGGUACAACCGACAAUGCUAUUUUGGCCCAGGAAGUUAUUCACUACCUUGCUCACUCCAUGGCUAAGAAGGGUUCCAUGGCUUUUAAGAUAGACUUAGAAAAAGCCUAUGAUAAGCUAUCUUGGGAGUUUUUGGAAGGUACUAUUAAGGACUUUGGCUUUCCUGAAGUUACUUGCCACUUGAUUAUGAAUUGUGUGACCUCCUCAAAGCUUGAUCUUCUGUGGAAUGGCUCCAAGCUUCCUUGGUUCAACCCGGUUCGUGGCCUCCGGCAGGGUGACCCUAUGUCCCCUUACCUCUUUGUUAUGUGUAUGGAGAAGCUUUCUGUGCGUAUUCAGAAUGCUGUGAGUGCGGGGCUUUGGCAUCCGAUUACUAUGUCUAGAGGGGGCCCUCCUCUUUCUCAUAUUCUUUUUGCAGAUGAUGUCCUCCUCUUCUGCAAGGCGAAAUCAUCCCAAGUGGAGGUGGUUGCGAGUAUCUUGGCUGAUUUUGGUUCAGCUCCUGGCCUUAUUGUCAGUGCGGCAAAAUCCAAAGCUCUUUGUUCUAAAGGUGUGCCCGCUGCGACUCGCCAUGAGAUAGCUCUUGCCUGCCUCAUUCGUGUGGUUAGAAGCUUGGGAAAAUACUUGGGAUUUCCCAUGCCUCGUCAAGAUGGUGGUAUCGGUGUGCGAGACACCUCUUUCGCAAAUACUUCCCUCUUGGGGAAGCUUGUGUGGACCUUGCUGCAAGAUCCUGAGAAACUUUGGGCGCGUGUUCUCUCCCAUAAGUACCUGGGCUCGAAAUCUAUCCUUGAUGUUGUUGCUUCGUCGUCGACGUCAAGCCUCUGGAAAGGCAUCCCGCGUGCUCGCGAUGUCCUCAAGGAGGGUUUCCGGUUCAAACUGGGCAAUGGAACAACCUCAAUCUGGUACCAUAAUUGGAGUGGGCAAGGUUCGCUUGCCACCAGGCUCCCCUUUGUUCAUAUAACUGACACAUCCUUGUCUCUUCGUGAUGUUAUUCGAGAUGGUAGUUGGAAUUUUUCUGGCCUCUAUACUAUCAUACCGCCAGACCUGCAGCAGUCCUUCCAUGCUAUUGUUCCGAGCCUUGAUGCUAGGCUGGUCGACUGUUGGACCUGGAAGCAUGAUCGGAAUGGGGUUUAUACGGCUGCCAGCGCUUAUUCUUGGCUCAUCUCGGAGGCUGCUCAGCCUUCGGUUCCCCCAUUGGUGCCUUGGAAGUUCAUUUGGAAAAUUGAGGCCCCGGAGAAAAUUAGAGUGUUUGUGUGGCUCCUCAUGCACGAUGUUAUCCAAGUGAAUAAUUUCAGGUUUCGCUGCCACUUGGUGUCUUCCCCAGCUUGUACCCGCUGCAACCAUCAUGUUGAAGAUAGUAUUCAUUGUUUGAGAGAUUGCAGGUUCGCUAGGGAGGUUUGGUCCAGGCUUGAUGCUCUCUCUUGGCCUGGUUUUCUUUCUGGGGAUAUUUUAUCUUGGUUCUUGUGUCAAGCGCGCGGUACACAUGCGUCCCUUUUCGCCACAGCAAUCUGGGGGAUUUGGAGGUGGCGUAACAAUGCUCUUUUGGGUGACAAUAGCUGGAGCGCGAUGAGCACAGUUCAGCGGAUCCUCCAUGAUCACCAUGAGCACAUUACCUAUUUGUCAUCUGACCUGUUGAGUUUAACAGGGAGUGUGGCUGUGGCGCGGUGGAGCGUUCCCCCUGCUGGUAGGCUUAAGCUGAAUACAGAUGGAGCAUUCGAUCAUGUUGGCACGAGAUCGGGAAUGGGGGGCCUCGUGAGGGAUGCUUCUGGUUAUUGGGUGUGCGGGUUUUAUGCGGGUGCGACUAGUGCAAACCCUCUUCUGGCAGAAAUUGAGGCUCUGAAGCUGGGAUUGAAUAUGUUAUGGGAUGCAAAUUUGAGAUGUGUUGAUUGUGAAGUGGACUGCCUUGAUAUUGUCCAGGCUUUAGCUAAUAACACUUAUCAAUUCCAUGUUCAGGCCUCCAACUUGCUAGAAUUAAAGCUGCUCUUGGAUCGUGAUUGGGAUGUGGAGCUCAGGCAUAUCUCUCGAGAUGCAAAUGACGCUGCGGAUUGUCUUGCCGGGUUGGGUAGUCGUCUUCAAUGCUCUUAUACCUAUCUUGAGGUUCCUCCUCACGAGCUUUGUCCCAUCUUGGCUAGGGACUUGUUAGCCUUGUAG